AUAUGAGUGGAAACAGGGAUAUGUGAGAACUCUGGAUGGAUAAUGUUAAGAUUUGUGGAAUAUAUAUUUAUUUUGUAAGGGUUGUGAACAUGUGAAACUAAAGAGUAUGGUUGAGAGCAGUGAAAAAAUAGUUUAGUAUCCCUGUAAGAGAAGACAAAGAGGAAGAAGAUAGCGUGUGUCAGUUUUACGUGUUGGGAAGAUCUGAGUUGUAAGGUGAGAAAAGGUUGCAGGUUGACUGUGUCCUAUUCUGUAAACUGCUGUACUUUGAAGUUUCCACCUCUCACCAUUUCUUUCUGCACUGUACACUAGGGCAGGAACUCAGCUGAACCUUUCAAGCAGAGUCAUGUUCAAGAAACACUUUUUCAGGUCCCAGGAAGGUUAAAGAAAGUACUCAUGCAUGAGGUUUGGACUAAGCAACAAAUUUGAAGCAGAAUUUCCUUCAUCUUUAACUGGAAAGGUUGCACCCGAAGAAUUUAAAGCCAGCAUCAGUAGAGUUAACAGUUGUCUUAAGAAGAACCUUCCAGUUAAUGUACGAUGGCUACUAUGUGGAUGCCUUUGCUGCUGCUGCACUUUAGGUUGUAGUAUGUGGCCAGUUAUCUGCCUCAGUAAAAGAACACGAAGAUCGAUUGAGAAGUUAUUAGAAUGGGAAAACAAUAGGUUAUACCACAAGCUGUGCUUGCAUUGGAGACUAAGCAAAAGGAAAUGUGAAACGAAUAACAUGAUGGAAUAUGUCAUCCUUAUAGAAUUUUUACCAAAGACACCGAUUUUUCGACCAGAUUAGCAUUUGAUUUAUUUAUAGAGACUUAUUCAAGUAUGUUGUCUUUCCAAUGGUGCCUUGCUUGGUGCUCUCCUGGUGGUGAUAUAGCAUUGGUUCUACAGAAUCUUGUGGUGUUUUCAUUCUUUUUUUUUGUUUUGUUUUGUUCUUUGUUUUGGAUUUUUUAAAAUAAGAGCAUGUUCUAAGUGCAUUUGGUCAAACUCUGCAAAGUAAUUUCACGCAAAUGUUACCUACUACUUAAGUUAUUGUUACUUUUACUACUUCUGUUUAUUAGUGUAUCUUGAUUUUCAAAGAGUCUUUUAUAUGUGUGCGCGUGUGUGUACAUAUAUUACUAUAAAUACACAGCUGAAAAUGGUAAUAAGUGAGCAGGUAUUUUUUUAUUCCGAAAUUACGCAACUGAUUGACUGUACAUUGUGUAAGUCCUUUUAGUCAUUCAUUUACAUGCUGAAGUACCUUCUAAGAUCUUCUUAAACUUUCAUCAGUGAUUAGUCAGUUGUAAAUAUUUUUAUUUCUUUUUGGGAUACUGGCUAGCCUCUUACAACAACAGAAGGAGAUAAAGUUCUUUUUGAAACUAUGCUUUUUGGAGCCCAGAUGUCAUUGCGUUAGCAGAAAUCUUUGGGCUCUUCAUGAAGAAGUCCUGUCAGCUGGUUCUGAAAAUGUUCUAAUUUAAAGGUUGAAAAAAUAAAGGCAACAAACCAGAAUUAUUUUACUCACACUAGAAGAAUCACUGAGAGAAUUGCAUGUAUCGGGGUAAUAGAACUCAAGAUCACAAAAAUACUAGUAUUGCAGUUUAUAAUGUAGCUGUUUUAAUUCAGGCUAAUGCCACGUAUCACCUUUAUUCCUAGUGUUUACGAGAUCCUGUACACAGGGGUGCGGAAGGACUUGUUUUACUAAAACUUAAUGUCCAAGAGGACCUUUCAGGGUGGGUUUUUUUGUUAAUUUAAAGCCACAUAAGCAGAAAAAAGUUAUUGAACAGUACAGUUCCAGAUGCAAAUGCAGAUAUCUUGUAUUAAAAAUAAUCAAAGCAGGGUACACUGGGCAACAGUGUAAGUUUAAAUGUGUUAUUUAUUGCACCCUUGCUUCUGCUCAUUUUGGUUUACAAAGUUUAUUUUCUGCACAAGUAUAAGACUUUUUUUUACUGGAUAUGAUGUAUGCUUGGGUCAGGCCAGUUGGUUUUUGUUUCUUCUACUUAUAUCUUAGUUGUACAUAUCUUCACACAUAGGUGUUUUUUUAAUUGCAAUCAAUCAUUUUUAAAUUUGCUUUAGGUAUCUAAAAUUACUGUACAUGAGCAUUAAGUUAAGAAUAUGUUCUUUGUACAGUUGUGGUAGCAAGCAAUAAUGUGAAUAUAUGAAAAAACAGAUAUACUCUGCUUAAUAUUUGUAUGAAAGAAAAAUUGAUACCACUACAAGCAAGAAUAAUCUUAUCUUUUUAAUAUUUUAGAUACAAGUUUUAUUUCAAGGUAAUAUAUUACAGGUACCUUGAUGCUGUGAACUAUUUUUCUAUGUCUUCAAAAUAUUUAUGCUCUGUAAAAUAUUCUCUAGUGAGUACUAUAUUCCUAAAUUGUUCAUAGUGGGAGUGGUCUAGAAAGUUUUAAGUUUUCUUAAAUCUAAGCCUUCUGUAUCUGUUCCUAAAACUCAUCCUUUGCUCAUCUGUCUGUGGACUCCUGAUGUUUACUUUGAAAAUAGCUCAGCUAUGCUUUUCAUACAGUACUAGUUUUGUGCUGCCUCAGUCUUCUGAGUCCCAAGGUGGUUUCUCUCCAAAGUAAUUGCUUAUUUCUUUAAAAUCAGUUUCAGCCUCUUUAGUACAGAUCUCUGUCUGCAGCGCUCCUCCUCUCACCCAUACGUAUUAGUUACAGUCUCAGACCAGUUUCAGCCUGCAAGGGAGGCCAGAAGUCUAACAUUGAUGCCAGCUGAGUUUGUAGAGGUUGCAGGUGCAGGAGAGAGGUUGGGAUUGAACAAGAAAUGAUAACUGGUGAUAAAUACUGAUGACCAGGAAUAUAUGCUGAUUUUCUCAAGUGUCAGUUUUCAAUAAAAUGAACAUUGAAUCAUGCAAGCCCUAGAUUUUAUUAUCAAAGUUCUCAGUUGACUAUAUAGAUAGGUUUAUGUCAUGGAUGCACUGGUAGUUCAUUAGUGCAAAGGGAUGGGUUGGUUAUGGCUUGUGAUAUGUUCAUAGCAGCACCUCAUUCGGUGUGAGCUGUUUGCCUUAGUUUACUAUCCAGACUUUACAUACUACGUUCUGUGACACCACAACUACCUUGCCAGCAGCACCCAAGCCUACCUACAGAAAAGCCAAUCUGAGCGCUAUGUGUGCUGAAACCAGAGCAGUGAAUAGUGUAUCUUUUUAGUAAAGCUUCCACAUAAGGGGUAGUACUGGUUAAAAUCUUGUCUACUUUUAGGUGCAUCUGCAGUAAUCUGCUUGGUUAGCAGGCAUUUCUGUAUUUCAGCUAUGACUUUCUUUCUAAGAAUUCUAGUUUACGGUCCAGACUAGAUCUCUGAGCAAAUAAAAAGUGAAAUCUCUUGGUAAGGAGGCCAAACUAAUUGCCUCUUAAAGCAUUUCUGAUAUUUUAUUAAAACAGUGUCUCUGACUUAAAAUACAACCAGGAAGCUUGAGAAACUGCACAUCUAUAUUAUGAGUUUUGCUCAAAAGUGUUACUCUCCUGAUGUAGUACACUAAACUGGUAAGUAUGUUAUAAAACAUUUUCAUACAAUCCCUUUCAAUUCAUUAAUUACAGUGAUAGAAAUGGAACAUUACAAGAACUUCAAUCAGCUUUUUGACACCUGCAGCAGUCAUCAGGAUUUUCCUUUGUUGUUUUUAAAAUAUUAAAUCUAUUUAUUUUGUGUGCUAGUGAGAAGACAUAUAUUACCUUUUUUUUUUUUGUACAAUUGGUGAAGAAUGAAGUUGCAACAGUUUGAGCAGGCUGGAAGCUAUAGUAGAACUUCCAGGAUAUAGCCUACUCUUCACUGAAAUAUUAUUACUAAUAAUAGUACAAUAAAUUGUUCUAACUUGCUCAGUUUGCAAUUCCUACAAAUAAUCUUAUCUAUUUAACAGAUGAUGCUGAUUAUCUGUGUUUCACCUUUAGCCUAAAAUCUAAUGGUAAUGACAUCAAGGACUUCCUGUGAAAGCUAAUCACUGUUUUUAGAUAUAGUAGCCUUUAACUGUCCAAUGAUGAUUUCUUCCUUAAUAAAAAGAUUUUUUUUUUAAUUUUAAAGCUAAGUAGAAAUAAGUCCUGAGGAAGAAAGGCUUUCUGUCUGACCGUACAUGAAGAAUUCUGUAGAACUCAUCUGUUGUUAGAUAGCUACGAUUUGAAGUUUAUACUGGGAUUGGUAAACUUUACCAUAAAUUAAAAUGUUUAUGGAGAUAGUCUACAUGAAAUCAGUAAAUUUUUUAUAAUAGCUCAAUAAGUUAUUUUAAUAAACUAUGUAUGCAAACCUAAAAUUUGCCACAAUACUCAAACCCAAAUAGACUGUAAAAACUUUUUAUGGUAUUUAGAUGUAAAUUAUAAUCUCUAAAUCGAUUUGUUAAAUGUUACCUUUUUGUAAAUCUCAAGACCAUGGUGUUGUAAUACCCUGAGAUAUACUUACUUAAAAGUCAGUUUUCAUUUUUUUCUAAAAGUCAUUAUUUAGCCCUGAAGAUAGUAAGGGAAGAACUUUAAAGUGCAAUUUCUAACUGCUCAGAAGCUAGAAGGCAAAGAAAAAGAACGUGUCUUUAUUCCUUUCCCUCCAACCCCCACCCCCAAAGUCUUAAUUUUAAAUCAGUCCCCUUGUUUUGGGAGCCCCAGUUUAUGGUUUUUGAGCAGCUGGCAAUAAUGCAAAUUGUCCACCAAAAAAUCCCAUUUGAAUUCUGAACAAUUUAAAGAGAUCACUUUAAUUGAAGAGGCAGAAGACUUGUUAAGCAAAGAAAAUCCCUCAUUCUUUUAAGUUCUCACAGCACUGCUGUUGAGUAAUUAAAAGAAGGAUCAUGAUGACCCUACCAAAAUCCAGAUGAUUUUAUGUAAAGGAAAUGCUCAAUUAAAGAGGUCUCAGAGCCCUAAAUGUAUUGGAUUCAUAGUAGUGACUUACUGUGGGCAAGUGGCUCUGGCUAGUUUUGUAUCCGUGACUAAAAUAAUUUAUGUUGCACUUCAGCAACCUUGCUUAUGAAAAGAAAGCAAUUUCAAAAUAAGAUCUGUAUUCAUCACUAUUAUUUGCUGUAGUUUCUGUGCUGCUUCUCCCUAAAGCCACAUUGUAUUUCCAAUCACAAACAGCUAAGUGUAUGAUCGUUAUAAUGCCUUUAAUAGCCAUAUUGUAGGUAGAAAUAUUAACUUCUCAGGGACUAAUAGGAAAUACGAAAGUUGAGUUAAUGAGCUGAAUGCCUAUCUGCAUGAAGGCUUACUUUGCAAAUGGCACCGUAGAAAACUUCUGAUUGUAAUAUGCAUGACCAUUAUGAAUGUUAUCCAUAUACAGAUAUGAGAACUCCCUUUACCCCAUACCAUUAGGCUGCUGAAUGUCAAAGUAUGUUGGAUGAGGUUAAAUUGUUGGGUUUUUUUUCUGAUUUGGAGAGAGCAAUUAUUUCUAAUGUUGCUACCUUCUUAAUUCCUGUGUUUAUUCUUUGUAAAGUUCUCUGUUGGCUGGGUGAAUCAGAGGAUACUGGUCUAAUGGGAAAACAGUAUAGUUCUUAUUAAUGAAGUGGAAAAAUUUCAAGGGGAGUGAUAUUCUAGAAGAAAAAAAAACUUCAUUUGGGUUGUUUUAUUGGUAACAGUAGUUUGCAGUUAAUUUUUGAACAUCUUUUUGCAUGCUGAUGUUUCUGUCAGCAUGUGCUGAAUUAGAGACUAUUUUUUGAAAUUAAAAAAAAAAAUCAUUGCAUGAAAAUACAUAUGUUGACAUUUGUUGUGCUGGUGUGUUUCUCUACCACAUGGCACCUGGGUAGUACAUCUUUUAUAAACCUUGUUAUUUUUUACAUAGAAAAUGUCCUUUCAAAAAAUGCUUCUGCCUUGUUUAGCUCAUUAAUAUUUCAUUGAUGUUUAUUUUCUUGAAAAAAGCUUCAUAAAUGCUUGACCAUUCAGAAGAUCAUUAGGAAAGAUUUAAGUGAGGCGAAAUAUGAAACAGGAAUUAGGAGAAGCAACAUAAUAAUGAAUGAUGAAGGAAUAAUGAAAGUUAAGUAAAAGCUAGCCAUUCAUUUUGGUAAUUAUGUAGACUGUCUUAAUUUGUAUUCAUUUUUUUAUUUUAACAAGAAUGUUAUUAAUUUAUUUUGGUUAUACCCUAGUUCAUAGGCAAUUCUGCUGUUAUGCAGAUUUUGAGGUAAGCUUCCUUCUAAACUCAGCAUCUCUUAGUUUAAAAUAUCCAGACCUAAACAGAAUUGCUGACGGGAGCUGUACAGCCAGUACAGAACAGUCUUUUCCUAAGCUGGAGCCUGUAAUGCAUGGCUAAUUGUUUCCAAAGAAAAUUCUUGACUUGUCCAGAGAGCUCCUGUCAUGUGACAGUAUAUCUGAGGCCCAGAAGUAGGAUCCAGUUAGGAUAAUUUAAGUUCAGGUAAGAGAGACUUUUGUAGUUAGUUGUAGCUUUUAUGGGGAAGGCAGCCACUGACAAAUGCUCACUUUUGGAGGGGAGAUAGUAAAUUUUAUAAUGUUUAUUGAAAGAUGCUUACCCCCUGCCCCAUUUAUAACCUCAUAAUUGAGAGUUGCUUUGCCUUAUGUUGAAAGCUAGACUUGGUAGUUAGCUGAAUACUUUUUUCUGUUAGUGUUUUAGCUUUGUGAAUCCAUUUUUUAAAUUAUGUUUAGAAAUUUUUCAAAAAGUCAGAUAUCCUGAUGCAAUAUAACAGAUUUUUAGUGGCUCUGUGUUUAAACUGAUUUCAUUGUACCAAUAUAAAGAUCUCACUCAUGCACUCAGAAUAGCUCAGAAAGCCUGUUGCAAGCACAGAAGGAAUCAAACUUGUUAGGAUAUGCAGUGUACCUCCUUGUUAAUAUUGUCAGUGAUCAGUUUGGCUCAGUGAGGUAACAAGGAAUGCAGAGCAGUUCUGCAUUUGAAAAAGUGUUAACUUGGAUUCUUGUUUUCUUAGAAGACUGAGUAUGGCAAUCAGAAUACAAAACUAAUUUCAAACAUAAAUUUUGAAGAAAACAGUAAGCUACAAAACAGUGCCUAAAUGUUGUGUGCUAAAUUAAUCUUGUCUAGUUCAUGUUGCUUUAAAAGAAUUUACGGAGAAUUGCAUCGGAUUGCAUGUGCUUAGGAAAAACCUGUUAACGUACAAAGCAGUAGUGGUAAAUGAUUCACUGAAAGGUUGGUAUCUUUCAAGAACUUAAAAAGCAGUAUGUUAAAAAUUCAGGCAGAAAAUACGUAAGCAAUAAUUUAACCUAGAACUGGAUAUUAAGCUGCUAUUUGUAGAGGGUCUUGAUGGUAAUUUUACCUGCUGGGCAUCUCCUCUCAUAGAGUUUAGAAAGAUAGGGUUGCUGCGACUUCCACUAUUGUAACAUUCCUCUUCAAAUAUUUUAAGUCUGUUUGAGAGACUGAAAGCUUAGAGGCCAGUACUGUGUUCACAGGGUGCACGGCUUUGGGAGGAGAAGAUAGGAAGAAAAGGACUUUUCUAACGGCUGCACAAUUGUAUAUAUGCAUAUUUAAGAGUAUUUAACCGUCUGCUAAAUUACUGAAGUUAAUCUAUUGUUGAAUUAUGGAAUAUUAUUUAAUACAUCAGCAUUGUUUUUUCCUGACCUGACCCAGAAUUGGAAUGGACUCCAAUAUAAUUUUUUUAAAGCAUUUCUUAAGUUGUAUGUAUUAUAAACUAAUAAAAUAAUUGUUAACCU